UCCCUAUUGAGAUACAAGGAAGGCAGAGCCCAGAAACACUGCUUUGGGGAUUCCUCCGACAGAUGAGGCUUUUCUAAAAAGCCUGCGCAUCUUGUUAUAUUCAGAUAGACGACCUUCGUCCGUCAUGGCUAGCAUCAUUGCACGUGUCGGUAAUAGCCGGGGCCAAAACACACCCUUGCCACCUUGGGCCCAUUCAAUUUUGAGGUCUCUGGGGAGGAGUCUUGGUCCUUUAAGGGUCCACAUGGCGGAAAGAAAUGUGAAGUUGUUCUCUGGGAGGGUAGUGCCAGCCCAAGGGGAAGAAACCUUUGAAAACUGGCUGAUCCAAGUCAAUGGGGUCCUGCCCGAUUGGAAUAUGUCUGAGGAGGAGAAGCUCAAACGCUUGAUGAAAACCCUUAGGGGCCCUGCCCGGGAGGUCAUGCGUUUGCUCCAGGCCGCCAACCCCAAUCUAAGUGUGGCUGAUUUCUUGCGGGCGAUGAAACUGGUGUUUGGCGAGUCUGAAAGCAGUGUCACCGCCCAUGGUAAAUUUUUUAACACUUUGCAGGCACAAGGGGAGAAAGCCUCUCUUUAUGUGAUCCGUUUAGAAGUGCAGCUCCAGAACGCUAUCCAGGCAGGGAUCAUAGCUCAGAAAGAUGCCAACCAGACUCGCCUGCACCAGGUCCUUUUAGGAGCUGAGCUAAAUAGGGACCUGCACUUUAGGCUGAAACAUCUUCUCAGGAUGUAUGCAAAUGAGCAGGAGCAUCUUCCUGAUUUCUUGGAGUUAAUCAAGAUGAUAAGGGAGGAAGAGGACUGGAAUGACACUUUUAUGAAACCAAAGCGGCCCAAAAGGUCUGAGCUCAUCUUGGAGAGGGCAGUGAGCCCUGUAGCAUUUCAGAGCCCCCAGCCAAUAGCAAUCAGCAGUGCUGACUGCAACGUGAUAGAGGUAGAUGAUACCCUUGAUGACUCAGAUGAGGAUGUGAUCCUGGUGGAGUCUCAGGACCCUGUACUUACAUCCAUGGAUGCCACGCCCCUCAGGGGCAGUGCCAGACCUCUCGAUCCAGUACUGGUCAUUGAUUCCUCCAACAGUUCCUGGGCUCAAUCUCCUUCCACCAGUGGGGGUUUGGGGUAUAAGGAUAAUGGUCCUGGGGAUAUGCGUAGAGCCAGGAAGCGAAAACACACAAUCUUCUGUUCCUAUUGUGGCGAGGAGGGCCACUCAAAGGAAACUUGUAACAGGGAGAGCAACAAGGCCCAGGUGUUUGAGAAUCUGAUCAUCACUCUUCAGGAGCUGACACGUACGGAGAAGGAGAGGUUAAAAGACGUUCCUGGCAAACACAGUGACCUCUCUGGGCCUCUAGUAAGGUGCUACAAUGAGCCCUAAGUGAACCCUUAACUAUAUUCAGAUGAGCAAAACAGCCGGAGGGAGGACAGUAGACUUUUAUCUGCAUUAAUUCAUCCACAAUAUGGCUUUAUUUGGGGCAUAAGAGGUCUUGGAUACCACCAAAGUGGAGGGGAUGGCCUCAGCUGUGUCCCUGCUCCCUCCUCUGUCUGCCUAAGGGUCUAGUCUGUGUGUGUCCAUUUCCUUGAUGAUUAUUCUAUUUAUGAAAGGCGUAUAACUCUGUUAAACCUUCACAAAAUGAAGGAAAAUACAAAUUACCUGAAACUCUCCAUCCUUAUAUAAACAUUGUCAGCCCUUCAAUGAAUGCCUUUCUAGAUAUUUCCCUGUAACUGUGUACCCAGAUAGAUAUAUGUAUACAUAAGUGAUGAAAUAUAAGUGCUGUUCUAUACUGUGUAUUUUUCACCAAACAAUAUAUGUUGUGGAUUUCUAUGUCAAUGAAUAUACAUAAGCAUUAAGUUCAA